UCUCAGUCCACUUGCUUGUAUCAAGUCACACAAGAUGAGCUACAUCACUCGCCGAGGUCUUUCGACCCUGAUCCCUCCCAAGAUUGCCUCUCCUAACGCGAUUGGUGCUGCCAAGGAUGCUGCCCGUAUGGACCGCGUUGUGAACUUCUAUGCCCGCCUUCCCCGUGGCUCGGCCCCUGAAGUUAAGCCUACCGGUCUUAUUGGCCGCUACCAGGCUCGUUACUUCGGCAAGAACCCCUCUGCUGCUCCCCUCGCUCACGCCAUCGGUGGUAUUCUCCUCCUCGGCUACAGCAUGGAGUACUACUUCCACCUCCGUCACCACAAGAACCACCCCCACUAAAUUUUCUCGCUAUGACUUGAGGGGCGCGGAAGAUUCGUGUAUAUACCGCUGACCUAGAAUGAAGGCAAUGUAGAACACAUUCAAGCUUAUUAUGUUUCACAGAUUCCUAGUUAGUAGUGACUCAUCAUUGUCUCCAGAUCAUUUAAAGUGUGUCAUACAUCGGAUGACUAAAAUAACAAUGAAUCAUCUUGCGCUACUUCAUGGAACGAUCUUUAGUCAUGCUAUAAAAUGGUGUUAGUGACAAAAGUAUAAU